CUGUAAACUAUUAUUUUAUCAAAAGAAACAAUCUUUUUCUCUCGCCGUGCAGGUUUAUCACAAACCAAUUUCGUGUUCCUGUAACGCUCCUUUUGUUUUCAGUUUUUCCGAAAGCCUUUUCUGGGAAGGCGUUUUCUGCAGAAACUUUGUUUUUCUGCUGAGUUUUUCUUCUGUUUUUUGUGCGUUUCUUUGUCAGAGAUUCAGAAAGUCGCUGAGUAAAUAAGUUAAACAAUCCAUUUCAUCUUUUUGCAAUUUAAUGAACACCAAAAGAAUGUGACUUUUCACUGCAUAUAACUUGGGGAGGCUGUUUUUGCUAAAUGGUUUUCGUUUUCUCUCUUCAAUCUGAAGCAAAAAAUGGCUCUGCUCGAUCACUGAGUCCACCCGCCAUGGAUCAGGAAACUGGGGUUUGUCAGAACCAUAUAAAGAAACAAUCAUGGAGGACAAUUCUGACUCUGGCUUACCAGAGCCUCGGCGUCGUCUAUGGCGAUUUGAGCACUUCGCCUCUGUACGUUUACAAAAGCACAUUUGCUGAAGAUAUCGAGUACUCAGAGACCAACGAAGAAAUUUUCGGCGUCUUGUCCUUCGUAUUCUGGACUCUCACCCUCAUCCCCCUUCUCAAGUACGUGUUUAUUGUGCUCAAAGCAGACGACAAUGGCGAAGGAGGAACAUUCGCCUUGUACUCGCUGCUGUGUCGACACGCCCGAGUCAGCUCGCUGCCCAACAGCCAGUCUGCCGACGAGGAGCUCUCCGAUUACAAGAAGGAAAAAGCCGGGACGGCGCUGCAGUCGAGCUUCGGGUCGAGGUUGAAGUCGACUCUGGAGAGGCACAAGGUGCUGCAGAGAUUUUUGCUUGUUCUUGCUUUGAUUGGAACUUGCAUGGUGAUUGGUGACGGUGUUCUCACGCCGGCUAUUUCUGUUUUUUCUGCGGUUUCAGGGCUUGAGCUUUCCAUGUCCGAAAAGCAUCACAAAUAUGUAGAAGUUCCAAUUGCAUGCGUCAUUUUGAUAGGCCUGUUUGCACUUCAACAUUAUGGAACUCACAGGGUCGGGUUCUUGUUUGCUCCUAUAGUUCUGAUAUGGCUUCUAUGCAUCAGUGCGAUCGGUGUUUAUAAUAUACUUCACUUCAAUCCGAGUGUGUACAAAGCACUUUCUCCAUACUAUAUGUACAAAUUUUUAAAGAAAACUCAGAAAGGGGGCUGGAUGUCCCUUGGCGGAAUUCUGUUGUGUAUAACAGGUUCAGAAGCCAUGUUUGCUGAUCUUGGACACUUUACACAAUUGUCCAUUCAGAUUGCAUUCACCUCUUUGGUUUAUCCAGCUUUGGUUCUAGCAUAUAUGGGACAAGCUGCCUAUAUAUCUUCACAUCACAAUGUUGGGAAAAAUUCUCAGAUUGGAUUUUACCCAUCUGUACCAGAAAAAUUGAGAUGGCCCGUUCUGGUAAUAGCUGUACUUGCUGCCGUAGUAGGAAGCCAAGCUAUCAUCACUGGAACUUUCUCAAUCAUCAAGCAAUGUUCUGCCCUGGAUUGCUUCCCAAGAGUCAAAAUAGUCCAUACAUCAUCCAAAAUCCAUGGUCAAGUUUAUAUCCCGGAAAUCAAUUGGAUCUUGAUGGUGUUGUGCUUGGCUGUUACUAUUGGUUUUAGAGACACAAAGCGCAUGGGUAAUGCUUCAGGUUUUGCAGUUAUCUCAGUGAUGCUGGUCACCACGUGCUUAAUGUCCCUAGUUAUUGUCCUAUGCUGGCAGCAGAGUGUCUUUGUUGCAAUUGGCUUUGUGGUCUUUUUCGGCACAAUUGAAGCUCUUUACUUCUCAGCUUCUCUUGUAAAGUUUCCUGAAGGAGCCUGGGUUCCCGUUGCUCUUGCUCUCUGUUUUUUCUUCGUCAUGUACGUUUGGCACUACGGCACAAUUAAAAAGUACGAGUUUGAAGUCCAAAACAAGGUCUCCAUUAACUGGCUGCUUAGCCUUGGUCCCAGCCUUGGCAUUGUACGAGUCCGUGGGAUUGGCCUCAUUCACACCGAUCUUGUAUCUGGAAUUCCGGCAAUCUUCUCCCACUUUGUCACCAACCUUCCGGCCUUCCACCAGGUCCUAGUUUUCCUCUGCAUCAAAUCUGUCCCAGUCCCCCAUGUUAGACCCGAGGAACGGUUUCUAGUGGGUCAAAUUGGCCCAAAAGAGUAUCGGCUCUAUAGGUGCAUUGUGAGAUAUGGAUAUCGCGAUGUUCACAAAGAUGACAUGGAGUUUGAGAAUGAUCUUAUGUGUAGCAUAGCAGAGUUCAUACGCUCAGGAGGCACUGAAUUCACAGUUGCAGUUGAAGAUGCGGGCAAGGAAGAUGAUAAAAUGACGGUAGUUGGCACACGCUCCACUCAUGCGGAUGGGAUUCAGAUGAGCGAGGGCAUCAACGUGGAAAUGAGCCCAUCAGGGCAGAUAGAAAUAAGAUCUCCGCCAGUGGCUCAACGAAGGAAGAAGGUAAGAUUCAUUGUUCCGGAGAGUCCAAAGAUCAACACGGGCACAAGGGAGGAACUGCAGGAGCUAAUGGAAGCUCGGGAAGCUGGAAUAGUAUACAUAGUUGGGAACACAUACACGAAUGCAAAGAAAGGAUCUAGUUUCAUGAGAAGGUUUGCAAUCAACUACGGAUAUGAAUUCUUGAGAAGGAAUAGCAGGAAAUCCAGUUAUGCACUCAGUGUACCGCACGCGUCCGCGCUGGAGGUAGGGAUGAUUUACCAUGUAUGAUUCGGAUUACACGACGAAUUUAUAGGGCAAAUUGUACAUAUUGUAACACGACAGGUUGCAAAGGAUAUCCAGAAAUUCAGUCA